AUGGAGAACGUUGACAUGAAGAACAUUGAAAUUUCAACUACAGUACUCACAACCAUACCCAUAUUUCUGAUGUCCACACCAACCAUGGAGAACAUAGGCACGGAUAAUAUUGACAAGGAACAAGAUAUUCAGAGCAGCCCCUUCACCUGGUCCCUCCUGAGCAGCCUCUCCUUCCAGCUGCUGGUCUUUGUGGUGUUUCCCCUGGUCCUGUGCAUGUACUUUGUUGUCCUCUGGGUGAUCAGGUCUCAGAGACCCUCUGGGGGAGAUGAAAUUGGCCUGGUGAAGAUCCAUAGUUCUGAUGCCCAGGACAGAGAGGAACCCUUCCCAGGAGAUGGAAAAUGAUCUUGAUCCCUCUGUUUCUGUCUCUGUUCCUGUCCCUGUCCCUGUC